AUGUAUUCGAAACGACAACAAUUACCUACGACAAUAUCUAAUUGGAUAGACAAAGAUGUUAAAGUAAGAAAAUUUACACCUAAUUUAGGUUUGAUGUCAGCUGAUACCCGACAAAAUGUAAUGCUAAGUCGAAAGUUUUUUUCUAAUAUGCUUAAUUUAUCAAAUGAACGUCAGCGUAAAAUUACUCGAUGUGAUUUUGAAAAAAAUAAAUUUCUUAAAAAUCAACGAACAAAAGCAGAAACAAUAAUGCCUGGUCUUUUACCAUAUAUUGAACCAUUAAUAAAUGAUAUACCUAAAGAAACAGCAUCGAAACGUAUAUCAAAUAAAAAUGAACAAUUCAUAAGUUCAUCAUUUCAAUCAUUUACAUCAUAUUCAAAUACGAAAUCUGAAUUAACAUUUUCACGAGAACAAUCAAUAAAACAAAAUAAAAUGCCACAACUUAAUUCAACGAAAUUUUAUAAUCGACAACAAAAAUCAUCUGAACGAACAUAUCAUUUAGCUCAACCAAAGAAUAAUCACCUUAAUUCAACAAAACAAAAUCAUGUUCGUUCAAAUACUCUAGUACCAUUAACUGUUCAUGAUAUAUUUGGUGAUCUAGAUGAUGAUGAUAAUGAUGAUCAGAGUUAUGAUUCUUUAUUACCGGAAAAACCUUCAAGUGCAUCAAAAGAUCGACGUUUUCAGAGAUUAAUUCAUUUAUUUUCUGAAGUAUAUGAAUGUGAACCAAAAAAAUAUCGAUCAGUUAAAAGUAUAAUUCAAUCGAAUUCAUCUUUGCAAAAUGAAAAUAAACAAAAACAACCAAUUUCUGAUUCAAUUGAACUUGAAAAUCAUCAACAAAUAAUUUCUGAUGAAUGUUAUAAUAAAACAGACAUGUAUUUAAUUGAUGUAGCCGUAUGA